AUGAAAUUACGAUGGAGAAAUCUCUCAGAGGAUCUUGUUUUCGAAAUACUCACGAGAUUGCCCGCAAAGUCUAUAGCAACAUGUCCUUGCGUAUCGAAGCUAUGGGCGUCCAUAAUUCGCCGUCCAGAUUUCACGGAGUUGUUCUUUACCAGAUCUUAUGCUCGCCCGCAGCUAUUGUUCGCGUGCAAAAAUGACAGUGACAGUGAGUUGUUUUUCUUUACGUCACCUCAGCUUCAAAACCCGGAUAUGAAUCUGUCUCUUAUAGCUGCCAAGUAUCAUAUGAAUCUCCCCUUGGAUGGUUCCUUUAGAACUUGUUUUCCUGUGCCUCAUGUCCAUGGCUUAGUCUGUGUUACAUAUAAGCGGAUUGUAAAGGAAAGGAAAGAAACAGUGCGUGUGAUUUGUAACCCUAGUACAGGAGAAUAUUAA